GCAACUUAAUAGGCUGCACUCCACAUAGGCCACUCCUGCCUCCACACAUGAAAGAACCCAAGCAGUCCAACCAGUUUUGAGAUCAGCAGCGGCGGGUCGCCUGAAGCACGACGCCGGGUGUUGGGUUUUUAUUAAUCGUGAGUCGGAGCGGUAUACGCAGACUGACAAAGGCCGCGUGUUAUCCCCCCCAUCUUCCCAUAUUGCGAGGAGGCUAUCCGAACGCCUAGCUUGUUGGCUAACAGUGUUCAAGAUGAACGGCGAGCUGAACGGUUUCCAUAACAACUCAUUCGUCGACGACGACUGCUUCCUCUUCACGUCCGAAUCCGUCGGAGAAGGACACCCUGAUAAGAUUUGCGACCAAAUUAGUGAUGCUGUUUUGGAUGCGCACCUCACCCAAGACCCAGAUGCCAAAGUAGCAUGUGAGACGGUCGCUAAGACGGGGAUGAUCCUGCUGGCUGGGGAGAUCACCUCCAGGGCUGUGGUAGACUACCAGAAGAUUGUGCGAGAGACAAUCAAGCAUAUCGGCUAUGACGAUUCUUCCAAAGGCUUUGACUACAAGACCUGCAACGUUCUGGUGGCUUUAGAGCAGCAGUCGUCCGACAUCGCUCAAGGCGUUUAUCUGGACCGCAAAGAGGAGGACGUGGGCGCCGGUGACCAGGGUCUGAUGUUCGGCUAUGCCAGCGAUGAAACGGAGGAAUGCAUGCCUCUCACCAUCGUCCUGGCCCACAAGCUCAACGCCAAGAUGGCCGAGUUACGCCGUGAUGGAACGCUCACGUGGCUCCGACCAGAUUCCAAAACUCAGGUCACAGUCCAGUACAGACAGGACCGCGGCGCCGUGGUUCCGCUCCGCGUCCACACCAUUGUCAUUUCCGUGCAGCACGACGAACUCGUCGGUCUGGAGGAGAUGCGUCACAGUCUGAAGGAGCAGGUGGUCAAAGCGGUGGUCCCUCCUGGCUAUCUGGACGAUAAUACCAUCUAUCACCUUCAGCCCAGUGGUCGCUUCGUCAUUGGUGGGCCACAGGGUGACGCUGGUCUUACUGGGCGCAAAAUCAUCGUUGAUACUUACGGCGGCUGGGGCGCCCACGGAGGCGGCGCUUUUUCGGGCAAGGACUACACCAAGGUGGACCGCUCCGCCGCCUAUGCUGCUCGCUGGGUUGCCAAGUCACUCGUGAAAGCGGGACUGUGCAGGCGCGUUCUGGUCCAGGUGUCCUACGCCAUCGGGGUGGCGCAUCCGCUCUCAGUCUCCAUUUUCCACUACGGGACGUCCCAGAAGAAUGAGAGUGAGCUGCUGGACAUCGUGAGGAAGAAUUUCGACCUACGUCCAGGAGUAAUCGUGAGGGAGUUGGACCUAAAGAAGCCCAUCUACCAGCGCACUGCAGCUUACGGUCACUUUGGCCGUGCUCUCUUUUCAUGGGAGAUUCCCAAGGAGCUCAAAUACUAACUCCCCUACCCUACCGCUACCCGCCUUGCUCAUUUCAUGUAGCGCGUGUUCAUCUCUUUCCCAUCUUACUCUUCCUCUGCACAAAAUAGCCCCCAUCACUGCCACAUCUGUUGCACUAUGUACUUUGGUAUUGGGCCAUUUAGUCAGCUUGCUCAACCCCGUUUAAGAGCCGCCGCAUUUGUCUUGAGACGACUUUCUGCCCGAGGCAACCAAGCGCACAACCGUCGUCGUUUCUUUGUCCGUGCUGUCCCUUCACGCCAUUUUCUUUCUGACGUUUUACAGAGAAGUCAGAAGCUGCUACUGACCGUUUUGGCUGUGUUGGGGCUUCACGUAAACUUCACUCCAUUUUUAAAACGUAAUUUUAUUUUGUCACUCGAAAUGUCAGGCGGUCGUUCUAAACGAGGUUAAGUGUUCUGGAUGUCAUUUCAGCGUAGCCAAGCCCGUUUACAUCAAGGGGGGCUUCACUUGCUCAUGUGACACUGCCCCGUACUUGAAGCAUAGAAUGUCAUUUGAUUGUCGUGGGACCGAAAUUGUUGCCAACGGCAGCCAAAAAGGUCUGUUGAGUUCCUGCUUGUUGUUGAAUCACACGUACAGUAAUAGGUGCCCGUUGUGUAGCGUCAGUUUCGAAAUGCCGACACAACGUGAUCAUAUUUAACUCAUUGAAUUUGCGACACGCUCCUCACUCUUUGCGCCUAAUUAAGUGUGACCUGCACUCCUAUGUUCAACCAAGUUGCAGCCGAAGUAUUAUUUACUCCCCCCCCCCCCCCCCCCGUAGCAGAUGUAUUCCUCUAAACCAAUGUUCACGCAUUGCUCGUCACUAUGUUCGUUCCAAAGAUUUGUUGAAGCACAAGAUCUUCCUUUUUCUUUCCGCCCAAUUGAAAUUGAUUGCAUUUUAAAAAUGCUCCUGACCGUCGCCAAAGGAGAUUGUGAUGAUAAGCUGCUUACUCGCCUAUGCCUUUUACGCAGAAUGUAGUGAUUGUGGCGAUGAGCAGUAAAAACCACCUGGUAAUUUCCCGUCUUUGGGGGUAGUGCCCAAGUUGGGGCCAGAUUUGUGAGACAUGGAAGAGCCGAAAGCCUGAAAAAGCGCGUGGGGUUCAACACCUGACACUCUCCCUUCACAAUUAAAGCUGCCCAAGAAGUAGUUCGCUCGUCCCACCAGAUGCUGAUAUCAUCAGGCCUCGAUUUGGCUUCAUGUAAGAUUUAGACAAUGGUGGUCAUAUUCCAUCCUGCUGGGUUCGAUGUAAAAGGUACAGGUGAGCAAUGCAUCUAUUGAAGUCAAAUGCCCCAUUGUGUAAUUACUCUGCAUCUGGCAGCCUGUGUUAUGCCUGGUCCACUUUUUUCCCCCAGUUCUGUACCUUAUCGAUCCAGGCUCGAACAAGCAGUGUCGUGUGAAAGGGGCUUUGGCAAGGCGCUUCGAUCUCUGACACCCCCGUGUGGUUCCUGGAGUGUACUACAUACAAAUUUUAGGAGCUCCACGGAUGUGUGUGGUCUAAAGAGCGUGUGAGCCGAAUCAUCAGGUAGCUUUGUUUAAAACCACAAGAUGGGAGAGUCCUUAAUUGGCUGGUGUUGUACAGAGAAACCAGCCUGUUUACACGGGACCUCCCGCAGGUUUUCCCUUCCUAAAUUAUUCUGUGUAGAACUUUAUUACUGUGUGUGUUCGCUAAUUAUUAUUAAGUGCCUUUUCUCAUUGUCUGCAUUGCCGAACACCCACCCCCCACCUUUUUUUCCUUUGUUGCACACUGUGUCACCUAGGAGUCUAACCUGCUGUUGAGCUUCUCCCUCAAGCUCUUAAAAUAAACAGCAUGCUUUGCUCAUGCAUUUUGGAUUA